AUCAGGCAUGUUACGCCUCCACCUUAUGUUCUUCCACUAGGGAACAUCUGUAGGUCGCUAACCUAACGACAACCCAUCGCGGAAAAGUUUCAAUAAUUCUGAGUCUUGUUGCAUGUGAAUAUUCCCCAUUUGACACCGAAAAUCAUCUCAUUCAACGAUACUUUACAAUUCAAUGAAUAUAUUCUCUCGAGCGACAAUCAAUGAAUAAAUUUCCGAAUCGAAGCAUUCCGCUUAUUCUAAGAACGCUAACCAAGAUGACUGGAGUUGACAAGCCCAUUGAGAAUUCCAUCAGGGUGAAACUGGAAAAGGGCCUGAGCCCAUCGUUUUUAGAAAUAUUCAAUGAGUCGUAUAUGCACAAUGUUCCCGAGGGCUCGGAGACGCAUUUUAAAGUCGUCGUGGUGUCAGAGCAGUUCAGUGACCAACCUCUCAUAAAAAGACAUCGAAUGGUCAACGAAUUGCUCCAGCACGAAUUGGAGAAUGGAGUGCAUGCCUUAUCAAUUGUAGCGAAAACACCAGCCCAGUGGGAACAGAGCAGUCAGACAGUCUCUCCCAGUCCGGCAUGCAGAGGAGGAUUUGGUAAAUGAAUAAGUAAUCCUAGGAAACAAUUAAAACUUCUGCAGAUCAUCAUUUAUCAUCCAGUUCAAUACUCGUUUACUAAAACUGCAAAAUCUACGAGGAUCACGAAUACAAUUAUCAUCCACAAUGAUUUACGUAACUUCAAGAACAGUUGUAAUCACAAUUUUUUAAUGACAUUGAUUUUAAGUUAAUGCAGAACUCAAUGAAAAAUUGAAAUAAAAAUUUUCAUUAAUGUCAUAAAGAG